AUGUCGAGCGACUCUCAGUCAAGUCGGGCGAUCCUGGUCACUGGUGCAACCGGUAAACAAGGCGGCGCCGUUAUUGAUGCGCUUCUAGAGUCAGAAACCGGCAGCACUUACAAAAUCAUUGCUGUUACUCGCAACGUUGCUUCUUCUAAGGCCAAAAUCUUGGCAUCUCGUGGGGUUAUCGUCAUUCAAGGCGACCUCAAUGACGUCCCCGCUAUCUUCUCCGACGCCAAAGCAGCUUUGAGCUCUUCGCAUACUGAGAUUUGGGGUGUUUUUAGUGUACAAACGGCCAUCGGCAAGGGAGCGUCGGCGGAGCUCGAAGAAGCCCAAGGCAAGGCGCUAGUUGAUGCGGCUCUAUCCAACAAUAUCAAGUUCUUCACAUACAGCUCCAUCGACCGAGGCGGAGACGGCUCAUACGACAACUACGUCCCUAGUGUAUCUCACUUUGUCAGCAAACAUCGCAUCGAACACCACCUAGUCGAAAAGGCGCGCGGCAAGAUGGAUUGGACCAUCCUCCGACCUGUUGCGUUCAUGGAAAACAUGGAGCCGGGAAUGGGCAUCAAGAUCAUGGCUACAUCGUGGCGAGUCGCAGUCAAGGAUAAGCCUCUACAGCUGGUUUCUGUUAAGGAUGUAGGACGAGCCGCUGCAAAGGCAUUCCUCCAACCCCAAGAAUUCGCUGGCAAGGAGAUUCCUUUGGCUGGCGACGAGCUCACGCUGGAAGCUGCCAGUGCCAUUUUCAAGUCUAAGAAGGGGGCGGAGAUCCCAGAGACGUUCCAGUUCCUGGUCAGAUUCCUCCAUUGGAUGAUCCCCGAGUUUGGUGCCAUGUACAGAUGGUUCUACACUGAUGGUUUUGGGGUCGAUGUCGCGGCCGCGAAGCGAGAGAAUCCCGGAAUUUUGAAUUUUAGCUCUUGGGUGGAGGAAGAAUACGACCAGGAUAGAAAGCGGGUCUGA